GUCCUUGGCCGGGGCAAAAAUGAUUGAGGCCUCAAGCUCCGAGCUUCCAAGCUCAGAAACUCAUGGCCUACACCAACCUUUAGCAUUAAUGAGGGGAGGGGGAUAGUUACCUGAGUCCAGUCCAGGUCCAGAAAGAGCUUGCCGACUGCCGUGCCGCUGCUGAUGCUGCUGUUGUACAUGUCACGAAGGGGAAGACGUACUUACACUCUGUAUUCCCCCGGUCACAAUGGACCGGGGGAAUGGCAAGGCUGCACCCGUUGUCAUUAAAUGCAACAAAGGCUACCGCCGGGCUUUAGCCGAUAAUGCGCGCAUCGUUCAUUUUACGCUCUUCCAACCACGAUAUCGCGAAUUCAACUCAUGGAGAUUGUUCAGCAUAUCGACCACAUGAAUCUCCGACUUUGCUACAGUCUCUAGCUCGUCGUUGUGGUUUUGUACUCACCGUCGACGGAAGUGUGCUGAGCGUCGGCUACAAGCGGACGUUCACAGAAGGUUCCCAAACUACGAGCUGGCGACUCUGGAUUGACUUGACAAUCAUACGGACUCGCACAAACACCACUGCGAACAUUCCUCGUUACUACCGUGCAAUAUCACACCUCGGCGCACUACCUUGUAUCACCUCUACGAAGCCAGACAAUCAACAUGAACGCCACAAACCAUCAGACCGCGCCCGCCAACAGCAAGUCAAACUCGACCGCGCCCGCCGCCAAAAUCGACAAGGUGAAGGAGCGCAACGACGCGAUGAUGGCAUCGGCGCGCGCCUACCAGAAGCUUUUGAAAGUGGACAAUGAGGAGGGCGCGGAAAAGCUCGAGAAGGCUGGCGAGGAAGUGUUCGGCCAUCGUGAGUUCCAUGACGCGAUCGUGGAAGCCAUUAGGACUGCGGAUUGGGAGGUCGCCGGACUACGGGUCGGAGGAAGUACAGGAGCUCCUUGUUGGCCGCACCAUCCCGCCGUCAAAGAGCUGCAAGCGAACGAAAGCGCAUGGGUGACAGCGAGAACAAAGCGGCAAAUUUUACUGCAGGCUUGAGUCUUCACCAUGGGAAGAUUGAAAAAUCCACAAUAAAACAAUCGUAGGAUCAACGAUUCCGGGUGCAGCACCAGGUCUUGUCUUCUACUCUGCUCCAAACGCUCAUAGGU